AGCUUCAGCGAGCCUUUGAUGUUCUUACAUAACUAACUGCUCUCUUUCUCUGAAAAGCGCUGUUCACACACACACGGAUGUGUCUUAAACUCUAUCGAGCUGCAGAUCUAGACAUUAUUUUAGGGAAUCGCGCUCGUGGGAUUCUACGAUGCCUUUUAGAAUAAACUGUCUUUAAAUUCAUUAAAAUGUUGACUAGGUAGUUCUCUAGGUUUCCUGUUCACAUGACAGAUUAUUUAGUAUUGAGUGAGCAUUGAGCAAAUACCCCCCCCCCCCACACACACUUAUUAGCACUUAUAUUGCUCUUGAUACGUUGAGAGACAGACGCUGAGUGAAGAGCUCCACACUUCUCAUCUGAGCUCAUAUGUGAUGUGUGAAGAUUAAAGUUUUAUUGUUGUGAGAAGCUCAAAACUGCAGCACUGAAGAUGAAUCCUCCGUGCGCGCGCUGUGGAAAAAUCGUUUAUCCGACAGAAAAAAUCAACUGUCUCGAUAAGAACUGGCACAAGGGCUGUUUUCACUGUGAAGUGUGUAAGAUGACUCUCAACAUGAAGAACUAUAAAGGCUACGAGAAGAAACCGUACUGCAGUGCUCACUAUCCGAAGACAUCGUUCACCAUGGUGACGGACACACCUGAGAAUCUUCGACUGAAACAGCAGAGUGAGUUACAGAGUCAGGUGAGAUAUAAGCGAGACUUUGAGGAGAGUAAGGGACGUGGAUUCAGUAUCGUCACAGACACACCUGAACUACAGAGACUCAAACAAACACAAGAACACAUCAGCAACUGGGGAGUCCAGCGGAGACGAUCCUGUGAGUUUAUAAAGAGACGAGUGCUGAUGAUGUUACUGUGGGCAUUUAUGUUUAUAUUUAUCAUUAUAAAUGAAGAUAAACGGAUCUGUAAUAAAUCAAUGAACAGAACAUGAGCGACUGAAAGUGUUUUCUGACACACAUAUUCCCAUCUGACUUAUGUUGUAUUUUAAUUAAUUGUUUAAAACUGCUCAGGUGUUUUCUUUGUAUUUUGUGUUGAGAAAGCUUUCGUGUUGUUGAGUGAUUGUGAAGCAGCCAUAUGGCGUCUCUGGCAAACUCACAGACGAAACAACUCACAGAACACAUGAAGUCUCUUGUGUGUGUAAUUGUGUGAUGUUAUCGACAGUUACUGAGACGAGACGUGUGUAAGACUUCAGAGACGUUUCAUUAAACUGUGUUUAAUGUUUUAUAUGAAACUAUAACAGCAUUCUUUCACACUGUGUGUGUGUGUGUGUGUGUGUGUGUGCGUGCGUGCGUGCGUGCGUGCGUGCG